CAAAAUUUGACCCCAAAUUUCCCAUUUCCAGCAACACCAAGUUAAUACACCUACACCAAUCAGACUUGUUUAUCCUUUUCAUUUCACUGCACUAAAUUCACCCACCAUAGCUACUCCAUUUCUCUCGAUCUGUUAGGGUGUCUUUUAAUUCUAGGCUUUCAAGAAAGCUGAGCCUGCUCCGAAAAUGCUGUGAGAAAGAGGAUCUGUUGGUUUAGGAUAUAACUUUUGGUUCAUGAAGAAGUGACCCCUCCGCAUCAAGAUAGUCAAUUGCUGCUCCUAGAACCGGGGGAAGACUAAAUGGGUGAAAAGAAGACAUUCCGGGGGCGAGUGAAUCAGGCUCCGUGCCAAAACCGAAGGAGCCUCGGAUUCCUCGCAUGCCUCAAUUGUUAGAUUUCCAAUUCUUCAACACUCAGAGGCUGAGUGAGUUGUAUAAGAAAGAAGUACGCUAUCUCAUGGUCUGCAUGAUCUGUAUAAAUACCUUUUUCCCCCUUUUUGUACAUUGACUUGAUGUUUGUUGUGAGUUAUCUUAUGACUGGAUUUUUUUUUCAAUUAAAAUUAGCAAACACAUCAGAAGAAUCAGGUAAAGGACACUAUUGAUGUGGAUGAACCUGAAGAAAGGGGAGACCCGUUAACUGCUGAAGAGUUGGAAGAAAAGGAGUGACUAUUAGAAGAAGGAUUUUCUUCAUGGAGUAGAAGAGAUUUCAAUACUUUCAUUAGAGCCUGUGAGAAAUAUGGACGGAAUAAUAUAAAGAGUAUUGCUUCAGAAAUGGAAGGGAAGACAGAGGAGGAAGUUGAAAGAUAUGCUAAAGUAUUUAAAGAAAGAUACAAGGAGUUAAAUGUUUCACAUUCGGGUGCUAGAGACUGUGCAAGAAAAUAUUUCUGCACUGUUAGUGGGUCUGGAAUACCUUAUCAACAUAUCUUAUGUGGAUGAUACAGAGGUCUUUAAGGUUUGCUUGGACUAUUGGAACUCCUUGGUCUUGGAGCUGUUUGAUGCAAAUCAUAACAUGGAUAAUCCUGCUGUAACUGCAAACAUGAUGGGACUGCAGGUGCCUUUGCUUUCUGGCCUGGUCGAUGGCCUUGGUGCCCAGCUUCUGCAACGAAGGCAACUUUAUGCUGGUACAAUGUCAAAGUUGAGAAUGCUCAUGAUUUACCGUAUGGCUAAGCCUGAGGAGGUUUUGAUAGUUGAGGAUGAGAAUGGCAAUAUCGUUCGAGAGACGAUGAAAGAUAAUGAUGUUCUUGUUCAGUAUAAGAUUAUGAGGAGACAUUGAUCUAUUUGUCUCACUUAAAUCAUGAGGAUACUGAAAAGCAGGAAUUGGAGAGAAGAAGAGAAGAACUUGAAGAAUUGCUCUUGGGAGAAGGGUAUGAGAGAAUGUGGGUGAUUAAGUCAAAUGGAGAAAGGGACAACAUGUCCUUGUUGUGUGCAAGUGUUUUCUCCCUGAGACAGGCAAGGAACCUGACAUCAAGAAUGGUUCAAUUUAAAGAUGCUUCCUUGUACUCAUUCUCAUCCUCUUUAUAUUUUCCAAUGCUAUCUUCAGGUAGGAUACUAAGAAUUUCCUGUACUAUUCUUUCUGAUUGCUUAUAAAAUAGUUUGCUCAUUAGAACCUUCAUUUUCUCGUCUUUUAUUUAUUUGUGUAAAUCAUUUUUCUUUGUUUAGUGACACAACGAAUCUUUGAACAUAAUUUCGUUGAGUAAUAUAUAAAUGAUUUUUAAAAA